GUCUCCUUUGCGAAUGUGUCUGGUACUAUAUACUAUACUAUGGAUAGAAACCCUCCUCCUGCGAACUUGCCUCAACAAGAACAGCCUUCUGCUUCUUCGCCUUCUCCUUCUGUCCUACAAGUGCCUUCGUCUCAUGAGUCUUCUUCGUCUCUGAGGACGCUGAGAUCACCGGGCGGGUCGUCGUCGGGUCAGCACACCAGCAGGAGACACGCAACGUUCCGGGGAAUCCGGAGCCGAAGCGGAAAAUGGGUGUCGGAGAUACGGGAGCCUCGUAAAACCACGCGCAUUUGGCUGGGGACGUACCCGACGCCGGAGAUGGCUGCGGCCGCCUAUGACGUGGCGGCACUUGCAUUGAAGGGGCCUGACACGACCCUGAACUUCCCCAAUUUGAUUCUCUCUUACCCGAUCCCAGCGUCAUUGUCGGCGGCCGAUAUUCGGGCGGCGGCUGCUGCGGCUGCAGAGGCGAGGCUGGUGAGGUCUGAGGAAAGCGGAGGACAGAACGCUGGAGAAAGAGGAGGAAGCCAAGCCGAGGGCUCGAGCCAGCCGGGAGAAGUGGCGGUGGAGAAAAGCGAGGAAUUUAUCGAUGAGGACGAGCUAUUGAAUAUGCCUAGUUUGCUGGAUGACAUGGCGAGGGGAAUGCAGGUGAGUCCGCCGAGGAUGAAGUCUCCGUACGCUUCCGAUGAUUCACCGGGCAAUUCAGAUCAUGGAGAUAGCCUCUGGAGUUUUUGAGCCCAUUUGGGGGUUUUAGGCACAGAACUAGAGAUUCUUGAUUAUAUAUAACUUGCUACCAGUAAUAAUUUUCUCGUGUUUGCCUGAUUUUCGCCCUCGUGCUUCAUCAUUUUUUUCACUGCCCCGAUCGUUGGCUAGCUGUGUACAGACAAGUUUCUAAGCCUUAGGGUCUCUUUCAUCAUUUCUGUGUUGUUCUGAGAAAGACAACGAUUUUAUGCAACGAUCGUAUCAUUUGUUUGAUAUAGAUCUGGAAGUUUAUUAA